AUGCACGCGAGCGUGCAGACGUCCUCGAGCCCCGCCCCAAUGGUCCCGCCCGCUGACCUGGGGCCCGUGGCCCUAUGUCUUCUGGCUGCGACGCCGAUCCUGCGCACGCUGCGGGGCUGCAGCCGCCGGGCGGUGGGCGCCCGAGGGGCCGGGGCCCCCAGGCGGGUGUGGCCAUCGUGUCCGCAGCCAGCGUCCCCGAGGCCGUGCUCGGGCCAUGAUCACUCGGUGAAGCUGCGCCGGGACAGUGCGGCCGACUUCUUUCCGCGCUCUGAGGACCUGUGCGCGCUACAGGACUUGGUGCCUCUGCCCUCCGUGCGCGCUUCCCUGUGGGAUGCCCCGCUGGUUAAGGCCGACCGCCUCCGCGGGGUGCACUGGGCGCCGCUCCUGAGCACGCUGCCCCUGAUCUGUAUCCAGAGCUUCUUCCAGCCACGGCUUGUCGAGACAGGUUGUGACAGAAAUGAAGUUUACAGAAGUCGUGUUCCUGCGAUAAGAAAUAAAGAUGUGACCUUACAGUUGUGUAAAGCUCUUAAAUGCUGUGUAAGUAUGUCAGGUGUGCUAAGGAACCUGGAGCUAAGUGGGCUAGUUCUGAGAGAGAGAGAGAGAGAGAGAGACGUAACUAUGUUAACUAAAGGGAUUGAAUAUUGGGCCACUUUGGUGCACCUGUGUCUUGCGAAUUGUCCAGUUGGAGAUGGAGGUUUAGAAAUUACUUGUCAAGGUGUAAAGAACUCUAUCACUCUUAAGACAGUAAACUUCACGGGGUAUAAUCUGACAUGGCAGGGAGCAGAUUACAUGGCCAAGAUCUUAAAAUAUCAGACUACCAGAAAGCAUGAAGAAACCUGGGCUGAGAGUCUUCGUUCCAGGAGACCUGAUCUUGACUGUAUGGCUGGUUUGAGGCGCAUCACUCUGAACUGCAACACGCUCAUUGGUGACCUGGGUGCAAGUGCUUUUGCAGAAUCUCUUAGUGAGGAUUUAUGGCUUGGAGGCUUGGCCGCAAAGCAAUCUGUACAUAAUGGAAGGAAACACUCUGCUGGUAAAGAAUGUUAUGGUCCUGAACCUCUACCACCUGGUGUGUCUGGUUUUCAGCCCUGGCGUACUGCAGAACGUGCAAAAGGCAACAGGGGCUUUCCAUUCAUCAAAGCUCGUGAUGUAUGUAAUCAACACUCAGGUCCAUCAGAAUUUCCUGUGACUGUGACAGUAGAGAGUCCUUCCUCGUCAGAAAUUGAAGAGGUCGAUGAUUCCUCAGAAAGUGUUCAGGAAGAGCCAGAGAAAAUCCGUUUGAAACAAGAAGCAUUCUAGGAAAAACUGGAGGAGUGCCUAAAGCAGUUAAAGCAGGAAAGAGUAAUAAGACUUAAAGCUGAUAAAUGAGUCAAUGAACUGGAACGUGAAAAUGCCCAGUUAAGAAAUACAACUUUCUCUUUGUCUGAAGCCCUUCAUGCCCACUCAUUGACAAGCAUGAUCCUGGAUGAUGAAGGUGUUUGGAGCAGCACUGAGAAUUCUUUUCAGAAGUUCCAUGCUUUCCUGGUUUUCCUUAAAGAUGCUGGGCUUGGGCAGCUGGCUACAAUGGCUGGUAUAGAUCAGUCAGAUUUUCAUUUACUAGGUCGUCCCCAGAUGAAUUCUACUGUUAGUAGUCCACCUAAAGAAGAAAAGAAGGCACCUGAAGAAGAGAAAUCAGAAUCAAAGCAGAGUGCCCCAGGACCAAUGCAAAAUCUCCAAGUUUCUAUUUGUAUGCAGUUAGCUUACAAUGAAGGAACACUAAUGAAGUUCCAGAAAAUUACAGGUGAUGCUGGGAUUCCUUUGCCUGUCGACUCCUUCCAUGUCCCAGUCUCUACUCAGGAGGCCUUAGAAACUUCCAAAGACAACCUGGGGGUCGUAGUCCCAGAGCAGCGGCAGGAGUCUUUUGAAGAUUUCAGUGCUAGAACGUGUUCUUCUUCAGCAGACGUCAUUUCUGCAACUGGAAGUCAAAGAAAAGAAGAGGAAUUACCUAGAAAUAGCAGGUCUUCUUCAGAGAAAAUGACCAAAGCAUAAUAUACCAAAAACGACUCUGCUAAGAAACAACCUGGGAAGGACCUGCAUUCCUGCUCUGACUCACCUGUAAAGCAGAAAAGCAAAGGAAUUGGGCAAAAUAAUUCUUUGCUUACUGAACCAAUUAGAAGGUAUCGGGAACAUAACUGUCAAAAUGUUCAAGCAACUCUUGUUGAUUUAAGUAUAAUUGAUCAGGAGCAAUACAGGAAAGAGCUGGAUGCACUCUGGAGGCCAUCGCAGACCCUCAGGUCCCACGUGAGGAGACAGCCCACUAGAAACACAGCAGGCGGCCCUCCUCCCAGAUCUCACCCGGGUCAGCCUCCCCGGCACCCAGCCUCCUCUGCACAGCACGGGGCAGGCUCACAGAGGGAAGAGCGGCCCAAACCCAAAGGUCACACCAAACCCCACGGGAGAAGAGUAAAGCAAGGAAGCCAGCUCACGAAGCACCAAAACCCAUCCUGGGUCACACUCAGAGGACUUGACCCCGUGACCCCACAGCCCCGCUUCCCAAGCCUCCUGGAUGCUGAUGAUGCUGACGCGGAUCAGCACGGAGGAAUGGGGGAGCGCAUGGCUGGGGGGCUGCUGGGAACUCAGGACUGGCCCACCCCGAGGCCCCGCCCCAGCAGGCGCCACACUCACCGGAUGGUCUCGAUGAUUUCGUGA